AUGCACUGCUACGGGGAGAGGUACAACCACCUGUACCUGCCAGGGCCCGGCUACGUCACCGAGAGCAUCCGCCAGUGCCCGGCGCGGGUGGACGGCUGCAGCAACACGUGCCACCCUCUGAGCAUCAUCAAGAGCCCCAUGCCCCGCUGGCAGAGCUGCCCCCAGCCCCUCACCUACGUGUGCCCGCAGCCUGGAGCGAGCCAGGCCUCGCUGCUGCCGUGCCAGCCCCUGGUGCAGAAGUGCGUGGUGCUGUACCCCGAGCCCUGCGAGGCCGCGCGGCUGCUGCCCCGCGCCAAACUCGAGGGGGUGCCCGCUCCGAGCUGCCAGCCCUGCGACACCGCCCGGCCCGAGAAGAGGCGGGUGGCCAAGAGCCUCCCGCCGUGCGCCCCGAGGUGCCCGGAGCCCGGCAGGCUCAGGUUCCCGCCGUGUGGCAUCAGGUACUCGGCGUCGUGCAAGGACGAGGGGAGGUCCCCGCGCCUCUCCAAGGGCUCGGCGCGCUGCUACGGCCACGACCUGCGGCUGCAGGGGCUCACCAGCGGCUACUCCCUGCCCCUCAGGGGGGUCACCGAGUGCCCCCCGCAGCCCUGUGUCAUCUCCCAGUCCUGCUUCCAGGAGUACGCCCAGCACAGGUGCACCAAGGGCUACCCCACGCAGGAGUGUGUGCCACCCCCGCCGUGCCCGGCCGAGCAGCGCCUCUCCAAGUGCCCCCCCGAGCCUCCGCAGGCGCCCAAGUGCCCCCCGGGGAAAGGGGUCAAGGAGCGUGCGGCGCAGAAAGCGGCCACCAAAAGCUCGCUGCUGCUGCCACAAGAGGGAGCGAAGACCAAGAGCUCCUCCGCGCAGCACCUGAGCAAGUCGCGGUGCCUGUACCCGCGGGUCGCCUCCCAUCGCCCCGGCCACCACCACCACCACCACCACGCCGCGGGGGCCAAGCGCUCCAGCCACCCCAAGAAGAGCCGCUGCGCUUCCAAGUGGCUCUGGUGA